AACCAACCUUCUUUGGACAGUCAGAGUAUAGAAGAGAACCUUGCUUCGGAGAACUGUGUGUUUGCGAGGGACAUUAAGAAGGAGGGUGCGAAGGUCUUGGAGGACUCUUUGAGAUCUGAGAGGGAUGCUUUGCUUGCUAUCAGGGCGGGGUGUGCUGUAGACCGGCUUGAAAGACACUAUAAAAGGUUGUUGAAUGGCUGGGAGGCGACUAUUAGGGAGAUAAGCUCCAACGAGAAAUACGAAAGUCUACGUCAUGGGUUCGCUAUUGAGGAAGCUCAAGUGGAAACGGAGAUGAGGGAUAUGGAAAGACAAUGGCCAAAAGAAGUGAAUGCCUACAAAGAGUGUUUUGUUUCGGGUUGCAUUGAUAAGAAAAAGAGGAGACAUAUACCGGAGUCGAGCAAAGAACUUUUGGAAAAGGCAUUUGAAGUUAAACGGUUCCCGAAUUCGAAAGAAAGGGAGAGAAUAGCAAGAGAAUGUGGGAUUAGCCCUCUCCAGGUCCGUGUGUGGUUUACCAACAAGCGAGCUAGGAGCAAGUCAAGAACACAGGAUUGA